GGAAAUUUUCUGCAGAAAUUUGAUAUUUGGAUUUCACGUGAGAGUGUGGCAUCUAUCACUAAACGCCUCUUUUUUCCAAGAUUCGAUUUCUGGUGAAAACUUAUUUUCCUACUGGAUCAAGAAACCCCCAAAAGUCUCUAAGUCAAACUCUCGGUUCCUGUUCGCGAUGGGUAAAUCCCGUCGGAAUAGGGCCAAAGGGGGCCAGCGUCCCGAUCCGAUUGCUAAACCCGUGAAGCCACUCUCCGACCCUGAGUUAAUAGCAAUAAGAGAGAAGAGUAUCUUGCCUGUCAUAAAAGAUCUUCAGAGCACCGAGCCAAAAUCUCGGACUACUGCCGCCAGAGCUAUCUCCAACAUAGUACAGGACUCCAAGUGCAGAAAGCUACUUCUACGGGAGAAGAUUGUCCAUAUUAUCCUCACUGAGACGUUGACUGAUACAAGUCUGGAGAGCCGAGCUGCAGGAUGGGAGAUUCUCCGUGUUCUCGUUGCUGAGGAAGAGCGGGAUUUCUGUGUUCACUUAUACCGAGUGGAUAUUAUGACCGCUAUUCAACACGCCUGUAAAAAUUUAAGUCAUACUCUCACGAAACAGGAUCCUCCCUUCAGCAGAAGUUCGAGGGCUGAACAGCUCUUCGUCUGGAACAUUGCAGAGUCGCUUACUACGAUUCUCCCAGCUUUAGCCGAAGCUCAGGAUGAAGCUCUCGACGCGGCCGUGCGUUGUCAACCAAUUGUUCAUUUCCUCUUUCUUCUAACAUCCCUCGGCAACACAACUGCGCCGGUCAUAAACAGUGUUCUAUCGUGUAUGAUAACAUUAUCCGAAGACAACCAGCAGUUUGCAGAAGCCAUCCUCUCUGGCAGUGAACAUAUCAAGAUUUACAAUCGCCUUCUAAAUAUCAGGGUCGGUAACGAUUACAAGGCAGUCUUAGCCUCUGCAAUUCUACACAACGCAUUUUCUGCGGCGCAAUGGAAUGAUUAUAAUCCUGGCAAGGAUGGCGCCUGUGAUGCUAUCCUUGUCCCUAUGCUUGCUAGGACGCUUGAGACCACUCGAUUAAAUAUGAGCGCAGCUGAUGGCCACGGUUCAUCGAACCCGGCCGAGAUUUUGCAGGUGGCACUGGAAGUUCUCGCAUCGAUCGGCACUACCCUCCAGGAGACUAUAGAGAAAGGUAGCCGCGGAAAGAAAGAGAAAAAGGAGAAGAGUGAGGACAAUGACGUCGCUAUGAAUGGUGACGACGAGGACGAUGAGGACGACGAAGAGCAACUUUCUGAUCAUGAAUCAGGUGAUGAGGAUGAUGAGAUGGAUGAAGACGAAAUGGAGGCAGAUAUGGAGAUGGUCACCGGAGUAGAUGGCCAAGAAGACGAGCUUGAAGGCAUAGACGACUUGCCUACGUUGAAAGAGCUCAUCCAGAGAGCAAUCCCAGAACUGGUCAAAUUGGCACAGGCCAGUGGCGGCGAUGACGAGAUCUCGAAGUAUAUUCUCAACCAUGCUGUAACGGCCCUGAGCAACAUCUCUUGGACGGUUGGUUGUAUCGAUUUCUCCCACAAAUCGAAUACAGCGAUAUCGCGAGCCUGGACACCUGCGGCACAGAUGAUUUGGCAAGACAUAAUAGCGGCAGUCCUUUCAAGUGACACGAGCGACGUACAGCUUGCCACUAUCGUGACCAGUUUGGCAUGGGCCAUUGCGAGAACUUUGCAUGGGCAGAAGUUCCUCGGCGGAGAUGAACAUAAGAAAUUUAUAUCACUCUAUCACGCGUCCAAGGGUUUUGAUGAGAAUCAUGACGAUCCAUUCCAAGGCCUUGGUGUCAAGUGUAUUGGAGUGCUAGGACAACUCGCACUUGCGGCUCCCAUUGAACUGAACCGAGAGAUAGGCAUCUUCCUUCUCACAGUUGUUAAAGGACUGCCCGAAACUCCAGCUGCAGAUGCUGUAGAGGCCUUGAACCAAUUAUUCGAUAUCUAUGGCGACGAAAGUAACGAAUGUGAUAAGGAAGUUUUCUGGAAGGACAACUUCCUGCAGCAUCUAAGGGACACUGCUCCGAAGGUGAAGGCUAUGGUGAAAACGGUCGACAAGAGGCAGUCAGGCGAAUUGCGUGAACGUGCCGAGGAGGCGAAUCUGAAUCUUUCUAGAUUCAUCCCGUAUAAGCAGAAACACAGGCCAUGAACGAUGAGUUACUGUUAACAUCAGUGGGCUUAGAUACCUAGGUAGCACAAUGCGCAGGUCUACGAUAUGAAAAUGG